AUUGACCUUUCCCUCAGCCGCACCUCCACACACGGAAACCCCGUCAUCAUCAAUACGUGUGGCCAAAGCCAAUCCCAAGACAAAACAGCCAUUCUCUCCCAUCUCCGCGUUUCUGGAGUCCAGGAAGACGAACCGUCCGCCGUUGCUGGACACCAGAAGUGUUUUUCUACUUCGUUGCAAGGUUGGAGAAGAUGAAUGGGACACCAUUGAAAACUUUACGGUAAUUCAACCGACGGUGCACUACAACAACUGGCCGCCAGAAGUCCAACGACUAAGUGGUCGUUCUGCCAGAUGGUGCGAGGACCAAUUCGUGGAGCCAUCAACGGAUAGCGACCCCACGACAUUCAAUCACAAACGCCUAAGCACAGCAGUUUCACGAAACAAACGCGGAACAGCUCCCACCCAGAAGGAUGUCGAUUCGGUGGAACAAAUAAAGCAGAUUGAAAACUAUUGCGGUGGGGUGUGCAUUGCAACUGAGGAGCUAAAAGACCUGUUUGUUUUGGUGAUUGGCACAAAAGCGGAAAACUUUCUAAUCAAUCGUGACGGUGGCCUAUUUCGCUCACCGCUAUUGCAUCCGUUCUUGUCCGUACGAAUACCGAAACGGUCCUGUCUCUCGCCCAUAACAACAAGUUUCAAGGCGAUGGAAAUACGAACAAACUGGUCUCAGGCUGCAGUUCAGUUUGACCCACAGCUAGCCGAGGUCGAAGGAUGUUCAGACAUCUACGAAAUCGGGUUGGGCAAUGUAAUACUACGCCGACCAUCCACGGUGAGGAUACCGCUGCCGAAAUGGUUCAUCGAGCGAAGAAACAAGGCUCAUGAUAACUGGGAACAGGCCAGCACAACGGCCGGCAGUUCGGAACCGCAGGAGCCGAGUGCGCAUAGUCGAACGGCGGUGUCGGAUGGGACUUUCAACUAUGAGCGACCAUUGAUGCUACUUUACCAGUCAUCCGGACACAGACGUCAAAUUGUAUGGCAAGUGGCCACUCUUGACGACAUCCGGGAAGAUGUGGGACGUCGCAAAUCAAGAUUUCAAGUUUCACGUAAGGACACUCUGAACACGCAGAAAUGCAAAAUCGAUAAUCUCUACGCGCGCCUUGGAUGGAGCCACCUCACCGCGGGGAUUCGUGGUGGGCCUUGGCAUACGAUGAAACAACCACUGUACUUUACCAAGCGGACCGCGUUCUUUGAGACCAACAUAUUUGGCAAAUUUGUCCUGAUUGGAGCACGUGAUCCGGAACGCACACCUGCAAACAAGCUGGCGCACUUGAUGACGCGGGUUGAGGCACUGGCUUUCGCACCUCCCGGGGCUCUGAUGAUUUUUUUGCAAUUACAACCAAACUGUUGGCGUAUCAUGGCUAACAUCUACCCAGAAGAACAUUUGGCCGAUGCAGUGCAAGAACAAAUCCAUGCUGGAUUCAUCCCAUUGGUUCAGAUGGCAAAUGGACUUACUCGAAGGACCGUGGGUUUGUGCAAUGCCGUCAUCCAAGCGGCUGACACCUUCUCGGGAAACAGUCCACAAGAGGAGCAUGGAAAAAUCCGGAAGAUCCGUCCAUACCGCGUCAAUGGAACCGAUAUCAAUCACGUGCUGAUGUAUAGCGGUCUGUGCCUUGAGUUUCGAUUCACUGGAGACGUGCGCAUGCGGACCACCAGUCAUUUUGAGCCACUGUCCCAUGCAUUGCGGAAUAUGAAAUUGCCUGAAUCUGACGGAGAACAGGGACGUUUGGGAAAACGGGACGCCUCUUUGAGUUUACUGGACGAUCAACGACGAAAAGAUUCGACGCCCGUCAAGCGAGAUAUUUCUUCGUUACUCACAAAUACAGCCUGCUUGCAACAGCAUGAACUUCUGCAUGAGACUGCCUGUGUAGUGGAAAUCGAGCCGAUAAUGAACGAGGAAGCCAAAUACUGGAGGAAAAGUCAGGAAAAAUCCCAGUUUGUCACGGAACUUAUACGUAACGCACUCAAGAAGCAAGAAAACUCCGAGGAAUUUGACGAUGACGAUUCGAGCAGUGACGACAAUGGGGGUCGACGGAGCUCGUUAAGUGAAUCACAACCGCCCAUCCCGUAUCAGGGAGAUGAUACAGAAGUGGAUGAUAUUGUUCGAGAAGCUCAGGAAAUGGUGAUCCGGGACCAGCCUCUUCCAGUGACUGCCAUCAACUCCGAACUUUCCCGGCGUUUGUUCAACGUGAUGGAAAAGAACAAAAUAAAUCGUUCCUCGGCCUUUCUCCAAAAGGUUCACGAUAUGUAUCAUGCUGGCACUGUGGAAGUUUGGCUCGUACCUCCAAAAACCCUAUCUCAACUUGCGAUACCCAAAGAACCGGCGAGCGAGGUGGCACCAAAAACCGAUGCAUUCUCCACAAUCGGAUCGGAAGCCGGUCAGGCCAUCUCGGGUUCGGAAACUGCUGUUCAAGAGGAACAGUCGGGAGAAAUAGCUGAGGGUGAACACCAAGAUGCCGAUGAGCAAUCUCCGGAUUACAACAAUGAAGAAACACACAACGCAAUUCGAUGGAAUCCAGUUGGUCCGGCAGCGAACACUGAUGGCAAAUCUGUCCAUUUACCCGAGAUGGUACAACACGCGAACAAGCCACUGGCGGUGUACAAUAUACUGAUCGAUCCUGACCUGGCACUAAGCUACGUGAGAAUACCUGUGGCACGAAGUACAAUAUCUCCAAUGAACCAGAAGAAAGGAGGGCACGGAACGUCUCGGUCAUCCGGUCGUUCCCCUAAAAGAAGACAACGAAAUGUUAGCGCGACUGGAACGCGGAGGGCAGCGGCUUCGGUGGUGAAGGCAACUCCCGUGCACUCCUACUCUGCAGACAGUGAAUCUAGGAGUAUGAGAGACGAAGUGAAAAGCCGGUCAAACUCGCCGAUGAUCGAUGAGCUACGCAACUUGACAAAGCCACUGAUGCAGUCACUGGCUGGAUAUAUUCGUGAACCGGAAAAAUUACUCUCAGCACUUGGUCUGCCUCAAGAGGAAUCCGAUCGGAUUCGAGCGCGAAUAGCUCAACCAAACGAGUCUUCGCCCAACCGCAUUGCGUACGAAACAAUCAAGACCUGGAAGUCAUGUUACAUGAACCGGCGAAUUCAACUUGUUGCGUCCAGGUGUGGCAGCACAACUGCUGGUGACAACAGGUCCGAAACGACAGGAAGACGCUCACCACUGAACGAUUUGAUGGAUGUCCUUCAGUCUUUGGGCUAUUUCGAGGCGGCGGAACUAGUCAGCCAAAUCAAACUCGAGGAUACAGACGAUGUUGACGAUGCGUAAGAAUUGGCCAACAGCGUGCUUUUCUGUAAAUACAUGCCAGUUUAUUUUGUUUAAC